AUGAACAACAUUUGCGAUAAUGCCGAUAACUUUGCAAGCACGACGCGGGGUGCAAGCCUACACACCGUGAGCAAUGUGCCUAAUAAUAAAUAUGGUUACGACUUCAGCGGUAUACGGAAAGACAGGAAGCGCGACAGAGUGUGUCCUUCGCCUGAUUGGGCGAGGCGUCCUGAGAAUGCUUGCCCCGCAACUCUGGCACAAGCACCCUUCAGGAGUGACAAAUUAUGGUGGACUCCAAAUUUGGAACCCGGAACAACAAUCAACCAAAUUGCGAACCAACGCAGUCUCGCCACGGGCCAAGUCACUAUCAACUCGGGGAUCCGAUAUACGUGUGACGAGUUCCCGCCGGCCAGCUGGGUCGAAGGGGGCAACGGAGCGUAUGGGACAAGCGCGGGCACUACGCGGUGCGCGGCGGCGCGAUGUUCUCCUGGUAUUAAUGCUGAGCAGGAUUGUACGCAAUCCCAAGCUCUGACCAGAGCAGAUACUGCUCUGGGGGACGGCCCAUUCAACCCAUCGAACAGUGUCGUCUUCUUCCGCUUUCGAACGUAUUACGAAUUCGACUACAAGGCUACUAAAAUUAUAACAACCUUCGCCCCACCAACAGCUUCAGUAGAAGUGGCUACUCCUGCUAACAAACGUGAUGAAGGAUCCGCGAAUGUUACAGCACCCCUCGGCCUUGAUCCUAUCCACAGCAUGACCAUGGCAGAAGUCGAUGCUCUCGUAGCAGCAGGCUUAGCACAAGAGGAUUUUGUACAUGCGAACGUGACACACUUCGAGUCCCUGGCGUCGAACGGGACCAUGCAGCCACUCUGGGGAGAUUUCCAGCCGGAUAGCAUUUCCAGUUUUGGGGCUAAUAAGCGAGCCCCUGUUGCCAGAAGGAUCUCGGACGACCGCAUCACGCCCCUGUGGAAGAGAGCGAGCCCUCAAGACCUCGACAAUGCUCGUCUUGUUGUUCAAAGCGCGCUGAAUCAGUCAUCCAAGUUAAACCAAGCACGCCUGGCAAAGCCGCUUCGCAAUAUAUAUGGUCUCCGGCCCGGGACAUUGUGGGCCAAAUGUACUGCUCCGUCGCCAAAUAUCACAUUCAACAGCGAUGUCACACCCCUUCUGACAUUCACUCCCGAGAUCGUACAGGCUGCUGCCCUCGUGGCCGAGGCUGAUGCCGUAGCAAACCCUGGGAAUGUGACCAGGCGCGCCGUGUCAGGGUCAUACUGGAUGGAGCAUCUCGCUCGGAAAGGCACAGUACCCUGGGGGAAUGAUCCAAACUAUCGCGUGUUCCGCAAUGUGGUUGACUAUGGCGCUGUUGGGGACGGAGUCACUGACGAUACCACAGCAAUUCUAAGCGCCAUGAAUAAUGGGACGCGAUGUGGUAAAGACUGCAAUGGUUCGACGACCAAGAACGCCAUUGUGUAUUUCCCCCCCGGAACCUAUUUGAUUUCGAGCACCAUCCCCCUGCCAUUUGGGACACAAUUUGUCGGUCUCGAUGUCCUAUCGACAGACGAAUAUACCGGUGGAGGGGUGGGAAUUGAUGGGGGGGAUCAGGAAUAUUAUGUCAAUACGGCCAAUUUUUACCGGCAGAUUCGAAACCUCAUCAUAGAUAUCUCAAAGACCCCAUCGUCCUCGUCCUCUGGAGCCGCACUCAGCCAGUCCUGCAUCCAUUAUCAAGUUGCGCAGGCCACUAGUCUAGAGAAUGUCGAGCUCAUCGCAGCAGCGGGUUCGAACCAGGUGGGUUUGUACGCGGAAAAUGGAAGUGGUGGUCAGAUCUCCGACGUUACAUUUACUGGCGGUGCCGGCAUUUAUGGGGGGAAUCAACAAUUUACAGCCCAGCGUCUUACAUUCAACGGGUGUACUACUGGUGUCCACUUGAUCUGGGACUGGGGUUGGGAUUGGAAGUCUGUUACUAUGAACAAUGUGGGUGUAGGAUUUCAGCUCACAGCCGAUAAGGGUGCGGUGGGCAACAUCGGAUCAACCUCCUUCUUUGACUCGUCCUUCACAAAUGUCGGCACAAUUGUUGUCAUUGCACCACCAUCGUCGACUCCCGGAUCAGGAAGCACGGGCCUUGCCCUCGAGAAUGUCAAACUCUCGGGAGUCACUACCGUCGUGGCAGAUACCACUGGUGCAGUGAUCCUCGCCGGUUCAUCAGCCACUGUGGACGAAUGGGCACUAGGACCCGUCUACGAGGGCUCAACGACGGCUCGCUCAUACUCGACAGGAGGCAAGAUAGGGAGUUAUAAAUUACAUCAAUCUCUCCUCGAUGCUAACGGAAACUACUUUGAGCGUGCCAAGCCUCAGUAUGAAGAUGUCGAUGUUAGCAGCUUUUUCCAUGUCAAAGACGCUGGUGCCACAGGGGAUGGGUCGACGGAUGACACAGCAGCUUUUCAGGCAGCGCUGUAUUCGACUGCAGCAAAGGGGCUAGUCUUGAUUGUCGAUGCCGGAUCGUAUAUAUUAACCUCAACCAUCACAAUACCACCAGGAGCGCGGAUUGUCGGAGAGACUUGGUCUCAGCUUGUUGCUUCAGGCGCAUACUUCUCAGACGCGACCAAUCCUCAUGUCCUCCUCAAAGUUGGCCAAGCCGGAGAAGUCGGCUCUGUAGAGAUGCAAGACCUCUUGUUCACAACUCGCGGAGCUACUGCUGGUUUAGUUCUAGUCGAAUGGAACAUCGAAGCUGACGCUCCUGGAUCUGCCGCUCUAUGGGAUUGCCACGCUCGAAUUGGAGGCGCAACAGGAACCCAGCUGACGCCUGCCGAAUGUCCUGCCGUGACCAGCGGCGUGGAUUCGGAUUGUAGUGCAGCCAGUUUGAUGAUGUAUUUAACGUCCACAGGCUCGGGCUAUUUCGAAAAUAUGUGGCUCUGGGGUUCUGACCACAUGAUUGACGACCCUGAUUUGACUGAUGCCAACAACACUAUGGUACAAAAUACCAUCUACGUUGCGCGUGGGUUCUUGAUUGAGAGCACCAAAGCGACCUGGCUUUACGCUACCGCAUCUGAGCACUCUGUAUUUUAUCAGUACAAUUUCAAUGGCGCUGCCAACAUAUUUGCUGGUAUGCUACAGACUGAAUCACCGUACUUUCAGCCGUCGCCGAUGCCGCCUGCGCCCCUGCACAAACGUUCCGGUAAUGAGUUUAAUGGGUGUGAUGAGUCUUGGUCUGUUAUCAUGACAAAGUGCGAGAAUAUCUUCAUUGCAGGAGCGGGCCUUUACUCUUGGUUUUCGUCUUAUGCCCAAACUUGCAUUGACACUCAGCUAUGCCAGAAGACACUGAUUCGCCUGGACUCCAAUUACGCUAAUGUUCGAUUUCAAAAUCUUAUAACAAUCGGGGCCAAGUAUAUGGCCGUCAUGGAUGGCGAUGGCAUUUUGGCUCUUGACAACUUGAACGUGGAAAUUCAUCCCCACUGGUCUCAAAUAACGCUUCUCGAUGUCGGCAGCAACGGCACACAGUUCGGUGAAGUCUCGUGGAUUGACCCAGCUCUUUGGGAAAUGGAUCAGCCAGAAGUCGCGUGCUCCAUUCCCUGCACACUUCGGCUUCCGGUGUGGCCCAGCGCGACUACUACUGUCAAUUAUCCCCUGAUGACAGUCAGCCAAGGGACUUGGACCAGUACCAUCACACAAGCUCCCCUAACUUUUUCACAAUGGAUUUUCGAGCUAGUCACCAUCACUGAGGAUGGGAGCAACGGCAAGAUGAAACGCAUUGAUGGUAGUGCGUCCGCGAUGGGUCCAUCGGGCAUCUUUCCUACCCCCCCGAUUGUUCUUGGUCCUAAUUCGCCUGUUACUGUUGAUGGGGGUAGUUGGCCAAAAUUGGCUGUCCGCUACAUUUCCAACCUAUAUGAUUCACCUCAGGUUGACCCAUGUUCGGAUUAUAACUAUGGGUGUAUUCCAAAUCCGUGGACCACUACUGACCCGCCUUGGACCAGCCCAAACCACCCAGAUCCUCAAAAUCCAAACGACGGCGAUGGCGAUAAUGAGCCUUAUAACGCGUGUCCGCUGUAUGCCAUAAUCGGACCCCGUGAUAGUAGUACCAUCACCAGCGCUACCCCGACAUCAACACCAACAUCAACUACGGCAUCAACGACAACAAGUUCGACGACGCCGACGGCGACAGAGAUAGGCAACCUCAUGCUUAACGUAGUCCAUUGCUACAAUAGCGGCGAGAACACGGAGGGCGCGCGAAUGCAGAGUGCAGCCCAAAGCUUUUGCAACGCCAUCGAAUAUGCUGAUUUCAAGCAAAAUUAUUUCCACACGAGCGAUCAGGCUUUUGACUACAACGAUGGCAUCGGCACAGUCACAAUCACCCUAUCAUUCCAAAUCAACACCGGCUGCACUUGAGUUUGGGAUAAUAAUGAGUGCCUCAAGUACUUUAGUGUACCGACCGACAGUUGUAACUGUAAAGGGGUCAAUGGAAAGCAAGGAGGGACAGUGACGAACGAUUGCUACACUUGGAGAAUCGAUCCAAACAUUAGUUUAUAAGCUGAG